AUGUUGGAUCGGUAUUUAAAAAGACAUUUGUCUACUGCAUGGCAUCGUAUACCCAAUAGGCUGCGAUGGUUUUGUACAGCUAGUGAGGACAAGUAUUUGGAGCUUAAACAACUGAAAGAUAUCAAAAGUGAAGAGUUUUACGACCUGCAAGGCCAGGAGCGGCGAUACUUUUACUACGUUGAUUUACAGGGCCGGUUGUUUUUAGAAGACACACGGCCGAAGAACAUUGCAACGUCUCUAAAGAGUGCCAAGUUUUUACGGUUUUUCUUCUCGCAGGUGCGACUCAAUGAGAUUGCACAAUGCAAGUCAAAGGAGGAAGAAGCAUUCUUAGAGUACCCUUUCCGGUCACCAUGCGGCAAAGAAAUGAACUUUAUCAAGUGUGCUGACCGUCCGUUCGUGUUCGAGAAUCUCCGAAAAGAUGACAGUGGCAACUGGACACUCGUGUUUGGCGGUGGAGAGCUGAUGAUGCCUUUUCAGCCAGAAACGCUACGGAUCUCCCUUUCAACUGGAAGACUGUACCAUGACAUACAGACCAAGCACGUUGCGUCAGGAAUUCCUGAGGGAAUCGCACUUGUGCGAUCUCAGCUCGCAGUGGAACUUGGCAACUAUAUCGACGUACAUGACUUCCCCGACAACAUCGACGCAGAGAUGGAUAUAAAUGCUUUGGAAAUAGGUGACUUUGAGUGGGAAAAUCAACGCUAUUCUAUCCACGCCAUUAAAUAA